AUGGCAUCGAUUGCCAAUCACACGUGGCUUGGGGCCGUUUCCGACUCCAGACUUCGAGGCUCUGUCGGCGUCACAGCUGGUAGCACCUUGCUUCCCAAUUCAUCAACGGCGAAAGGCUGGCUAGCAUGCGUCUUCCUGUCGCUUCUGAACAGUCUCCUCGAUAGAGUUUUGCGUUAUCACCAGAAAGACACAGCACGACGAACUCAAGACGAGAGGCGGCGGCGAAGACUCGGAGUUUGGGAAGAGCGGCAACACAGCGGCCUCGAAAAGCUGCACGAAAUGUUAUCCGAACUUGAUAUUCCAGAGGUGGACCUGAAUACAAUUGACAUGCAUGAAUGGUUGGAUUAUGCAUUUCAUCGAUCAUGA